AAGUAGCAUCGGGUGGCUGGCACGGUAGGAAGCGUGCAAUGGCUGGGUUCAUUGCGGGCGGGUAGAAACGGCCUUCAAAUGGGGCAAGAGUCCGCAAGCCAAGCAAGGAACCUGGAAGUUUCGAUGUGAGGAAAGAUUCGUCCAGUUAUAUUUUGUAUGUGUCCAUUUUUGGUUUCUGUGCGACUGAUUUUGGUGUUAAUAUUUGGUUUCGUAUUCAAGCAACAGCUGGUGCUAGUGAGUCAACGGAAUUUGGUUUUGAAAUGGACUGUUGGCCAUAUUCGUUGGUGUGUGAUCGCGCGACAAGAGAACUGGAUGUACACACUUUCGUUUCUGUUGAUCAGUUCUUUGUGUCGAGUUGUCCGUUUAUGACGUCAUAAGCAGUAUAAAUUAUUGGCAAUACACAGUUUUGUUUAUAAAAUAACGUAGUGUUUUAUAUGUAUGAUUGUAGGAAGCAAUUUAUAGUAUUUUGUUCGAUUUUUCAGAAGUACAUGUGUAUAUUACCAAAAUGAUACGCAAUAAGAUUGAAAAUGCUUCAUAAUCACAGGUGCUAUUAGACUUCAAGAUAUCACAGACACUGCUGAAUAUCAGACCUUACUGAUAUAGUGCUUGCAGAACCUUAUAGUGGACAAUAAUUUCAAUUGUUGAUUUUUAGUAUAAUUGCCUAUGAAAGAGUCAAUAUCUUUUUUUUAUUUAGAAACAGUUAGUGAAUUGGGCAGUGUGACGUCCCUCUUUUUAUCAAGAAAGCUUGAUUCCUAGCAUAGUGUUUUAUAAUAUCUAAUUAGUUUUAAUAUAUUAUGAACCCUUAUGAAAACGGCUCAAAAAUGACAUUUCAUAAAGAAACAUUGUUGGUUGUUUAACAGCUGGUGCUGUGUUUACAAGCGGAAGUUAUCUGCAUAUACUUCGGCCGAAAAGUAACGAACUUUACCGAUCAUACACGAACAUUGACGGCCAAGACAAUUCAAAAUGGAGUUUUCUUAUGGGCAUUGUGUCUAGGUAACCGUGAAUAUUAAUUGUACAGUGGGAUCAAAGCUUCAGGGAACUGUAACGAUGUCUUCGAUCGUCCUCUGCAGUCUGGGCAACAACAAUGCCAACAAUAAUGACACCAACAAUAACGAGGAGGAGGAAACUUUUCCUAUCCCAACAAUAUACCGUUGCAGAGCGCCAAUUGCCAGUCUGGACUGCAUGGAGGAGUUCCAGAGUACGAACGAGCAUCUAACCCAAGGCACGCCACAGACGAAAGAGCAACUCCUGCAGAGCCUGUCGCAACAAACGCCCCUCACGGCGUCGAACCACGGCCCCCUUAUUUCACGACAGUCAUCCGUCACGCCUGGCCUGAGGUACAGGAAUCUCGGCAAGAGCGGUCUCAGGGUGUCGAACGUGGGCCUUGGGACGUGGGUCACGUUCGGGAGCGGUGUGAAGGAGGAGCAGGCUGAAGAGGUGAUCCAGUUGGCGUAUGACAGUGGGAUAAAUGUGUUUGACUUGUCUGAGGCAUACAGCGGAGUGCGUGCCGAGCUUGAACUGGGCCGUAUCUUGCAACGGCGUGGAUGGAAACGCAGCUCCUACAUCGUCACCACCAAGAUAUACUGGAACACCAAAUCUGAUGAGCGAGGUCUGUCCCGCAAACAUGUCAUCGAGUCAGUGCAGGCAUCCUUGGCGCGACUCCAACUGGGUUAUAUCGAUGUUGUCAUUGUGCACAAGGCAGAUCCCAUGUGCCCAAUGGAAGAGGUGGUCCGGGCAAUGAAUCAUGUGAUCAGCCAGGGCUGGGCCAUGUACUGGGGCACAGCACGAUGGACGCCUGUCGAAGUAAUGGAGGCAUACACCAACUGCAGACAGUUCAAUUGUGUGACACCCAUCUCAGAGCAAUCGGAGUACCACAUGUUUUGUCGUGAGAAGACGGAGCUUUACAUGCCAGAACUGUACAACAAGAUUGGUGUUGGCCUGAUGGCAUGGUCUCCGCUCACUAUGGGCCUUGUCUCGGGAAAGUUGGAGGAUGGAGUUCCUUUGUUUGCACGGUCAUCUUUCAAGAACAAAUACUCGUCAUUUAGCUGGACAGAAGAUGAAACACAGCCUGCCAACAAAGAGGGUUACACAUGGCUGAAGGAAAGGCUGCAGCCAGAGGAAACAAGACGGCAACAGGAGAAGCUACGUGAUAUCUCCCAGUUGGCAGAUAAGCUGGGCUGUACAGUGUCUCAGCUCGCUAUUGCAUGGUGCCUCAAAAAUGAGAGUGUUCAGUGCCUGCUGUUGGGUGCCACCUCUGUCGAGCAGCUAUAUGAAAGCAUACAGAGUCUGCAAUUGGUUCCCAAGCUUAACACCAAUACAAUGAAUGAACUGGAGAGAAUUCUGGACAACAAGCCCAUUCGUCCACCCAUGGUAUCAACCCUGGCACUUAGAUGACAAUCAAUGUGCCCCCCUGGAGGUGGACCCAUGGGGGGUAAUGGGGCUGCAGGCGAAAGUUCACCAAAAGAAGAUUCAAUACAGGAAGAGACACGGGAACAAAAAUUGCCAUUCUGCACGAUCCAGUGACAGGAGGAGAAAGCCUGCAGCCCUGCGGGAAGUGAUAUCAAACCCAUACCUGUCUGACAGCAGUGAGCAAUGAAGCAACGGGUUUCACAUUACCCAGACAUGAUUUUCUAUUUUCAGUAAAUCCUUAUGUUGCACAUACUGUUAGAUUCUAAAAUGUAUACACAUUAUUUAUUUUCGUUUAAUAACUAAUCACUUAUGGUCAUUAUUUCUGUUAAUAUCUGAAGUAAGAGGUUACGUUUGGGGAAGAGAGAAGAAACCUGGUAUCUGUUAAUACUAUUGCUGUUCCUAUAUAGACCCACCCCCACAGGGCUCUUGUGCAUAAACUUCAUUCUAAUUUGAUUGAAUGGUGUUCUUGUUCAAGGGGUCCAGUGGUAAUGUACUACUACAGGGAUUGUAUAUAUAAUACCUUUGAAAAACAAUUCUGAAAGUUUCUGCACAGCUUUCAAAGAGCCAGGAUAAUGCAGUUGGUAUAGCAACUGGCUACGGGGUAUGGUCAAGAAUUUUCUCUUCUCCACGUCAUCCAGACCAGCUCUGGGGCCCGCCCAACCUCCUACCCAGUGGGUACUGGGGCCUCUUUGACACAUCCCUGGAGAUGGCAUUCUUAAUAGUCACCUCUGUGAAAACCUCAAAUCUUACAAAUGGAGAUUUAUUUAGAAGCAUUUCAGCUGUCUCUGUAGUUAGCACACUACAGAUGUAUCAGUUAUAUUGAAAAAAAAACAAAAAACAAAAUUCACUAAAUCUAAAUUAUUAGGAAAGUCCGACACAAAGUUAUGUUUAUAUUAAUAAAAAUUGGUACACUGUUAAUAAGAAAUGCAUGAUUUAAAAUUUAUUGGAAAGAUUUUUACAAAGUAUAUAACAUAGCAUAUUACACACAUUUCACAACUUUUGCUUCUAACCCAUUAUUUUCACUUUUCAUAUUAAUCUCAUAUUUCUUUGUCUAGAGGGAUGAAAAUUUUCUCCAAUAUUUGUAUAAAUGAGACAUAUGGUAAAAUAAGGUUGGAGUCUACACAUUUAAUAUGAAUAGUGUCAAAACAUACAUUCUUUCUCAUAAAUUUGUUAAUAAACCUAUUGUGCUGGUGCUCCAAAUUACAGAUUUUAACUGACACAAAUUUCAUGUUAACACAAUCUGACAUGGUAUUCUUAUGAAAAGUGACAAAUACUUGUGUUAUUUGAAUUGUGCAUUUUUAAUUGGAAAUUACAAUCAGUGAAACUGAAGGAGAAUUACACAAUCACUUUUCAACUAAAACUGUUUAGUCAUAUAUGCCAAGUUAUAAACACACAUCAUAAAUAAAAUAAAUUCUUUAUGUACCCUGUAAUUAACUUUAAGAUAUUCUUAGAACAGGUGUUAAUUUUUAAUUUCUAACUUCAAACGUCUGAAGAAUUUAAAAAAUUGCAUUCAUAAUUUACAAUUUGCAGCAGAUGGAGGAUUCAUUCAUUCAUUCUUUGGUCAGACUACACUGAAAUAAUAAAAUGAUCAUAGGAACUUUGGAUAAUACAUUUGUUAUAUAAAUGAGCAAUACAGGAAAGACAUGCCUCCUUGUCCUACUUCCACUAUUGACAUGUCAGUCUUUGUGUAAUAUGUAAACUAUUUAUAAUGCAACAAUAACUAAAUCAUUACAUAUUCAUUAUGGAUACUGUAAGCCAAUUGAUGUCUGUGACACAACCUUUUCUUAUAAGACAAUAGUCUAAAUAUAUUCACUGGUGAGCCAACUAUUUUCCUCCAACUGUUGCUUAGUGGAAAAUUGAAUUUUCAGUCUAGUAUCUUUUGAGCAAAGUUACAUUAUUUUCUCAUGGUGGAAUUUUUAAGGAUUGGAUAUAAUUCAUAGUAGUGUGUCUUUGUGCUCUUUUUGAGCACAAAUUUAUUGGUUAUUCUUUAAUAUUUAAAGUAUGUUAUGAUGUAUAUUAAAAAAAAACUUUUUGAGUCAAAAUGAUUAAAGCAUCAGAGAUGUUUUAGAUCUGAUUUUACAUUUGAUAGGGAAUGCUUAAAGAUAUGUCAGCAAGCAAUUUAAUUAACAUUACAGACUAUAUAUCAUAUGUAUAUAGUUAAACAUUUCACUUCCAAUGAAAGAAAAUAUUAUUGUGCAAUACAGUAAUUAACUAUGCAGGAUUGUAGUCCUAUCUUCAGGUUUAAGUGCAGAAGAGUUUACAUGUAUAAGUGGACAUGCUUCUUAACCAUGAGGUCCAGAGUAUGUUACAGAACUUUGAUCUUUGAUGGAGUAGAUUCAAAUUUUAUUUCAAAUUGCUUGUAAGAUAUGAAGCAUAAAAUAAACGAAAAUGUGUAGGAAUUCUUUAGAGUGAUAGGCCUACUUGUGAAAUAGGAUUUGAGUGUUGCGACUUUAGUUAUAUAAGUGUCAAUACCAACUUUUCAUAAAGUAAUCACUAUUUGUCAGUUUACAAAAUAUUUUGCAUCUAGUUAUCCUUGAUAAACACUUUGUAUGACAAUAUGAACUGAAAAGAAUUACUUAUCACAGCAGUAAUUAAAUAAUACUGGCCUGGUAAUUAAUCACAUUAAACAAAUGCCACAUACAUUGUCUCACUAUUUGAAACAGGGAUGGAUGAAACAGAAUCAUAUUUUAUGGCAAUAUAUUGAAGAUAAAACUAUUGUUAUUUCUCUAAUAAGCAAGAUCUUUUGCUUAAUGAGCAUGGAAGUAAUUUUAUUUAUACCAUAUUAAUAAAAUUGUAUUUAUAAAUGUAUUAUAAUUUCGUGUGCAUUCAUAUUUAGCUCAAUUUUGGUCGCUUUAGUCGCCAUUAAAAUCACUUCUUUUCCUAAUGUGGCUGCCCAUUUCUCACCUUUAAUAAUACAUAAUCUGCCUUGAAUACCUUUGCUAUGACUCAGGCCGAAAAUAAGAAGUUAGUCUCAGUAUUUCAUGAAGAAUUAUUGUUUUCCAGAUAAACUCCUGCAAGCAACACAAACAUUUUGGUUUUCUGAUUUCAAAUUUAUUUUUUCAUGUUCAUGUUUUUUCUUGGUAGCCUACAUGCAUCUUCAAACAAAAGUGAUGAAAAUGAAGAAGAGAAAUCGAAUAUUUCAAAUAUAUAGAAUUCAUGGAUAAUUUCCAUAUAAUUUAUCUUCCAGCCUCAAAAAAGAACACUGAUUUUUAUGUCAUAGAUUAGUUUAAGGCACUCGUAUGGUUGUGCAUGCACAGAAUCCAAAACAUGUAAAUUGUACAUAUACGUAUUUGAGAACCUCAAAUCGUGUGUGUGUGUAUAUAUAUAUAUAUAUACACACACA